AUGCCCUAUAGGCGUAUUUGGUCGGUCCUGGAUGUCUGUGAAGGUGUUCUUGUUCGCCUUUUGAAGACAGACCCACUUGCUCCCGUCCGUUGUGUAGCCAUCGUUCCUACUGCGUUGAGAGGCGAAGCUGUAGCCUACUUCCACGAUGAGAAGGGUCACUUUGCGGAGAAACGGAUGCUGGAGAAUAUGAAACCGGUGGUUUAUUGGCCUAAUAUGCAUGUCGAUAUCAAUGAGUACCUACAGAAGUGCCCUGGUUGUCUUGCUGCCCGUGCUGGUCGUCCGACUCCAUCUCCUUUGGUACCGGUACCGGUUGGAAGGCCAUGGCAUACUUUGGCUGUUGACUACUUGGAGAUCACGCCUGCGGUUAACGGUAAGAAGUAUUUGUUAGUCUUGCAAGACUACUUUACUAAGUGGGCUGAAGCUUACCCGUUAGAGCGUGCUACG